UCCAUCUCCAACAUGCAUUCUUUACCGUUAAUACCAACGAUCAGCUCUAGUUUCGUAUUGGAACCUAUUUGCUGCUUUAUUGGCCGUAACACCCUGACGUUGUCAACAGAGGCCUGCUUCGUUCUGCAAACAGCUUCCACGUGUCCCACAUUUUUGCAAUAAUUGCACUUGGCCGUUUUAUAAUGGCAAGCAGGGGCAAGAUGAUCGGCUUUCCCGCAUCGAUAGCAACGAAUUUUCUUUUUAUAGGCUUGCUUCGUAGCGGGUGAGACGACAGAAGUUUUCUUUGCUUCUCGAACCUUGUGUACAGGUGCCCGCGUUCCAUAAACGGUCUUCUUUGCAACCUUUGCAGCUUCUUCAGUUUGCGUGGCAAUUUCAACAGCACGCGUAAAUGUCAGCUCAUCAGCGUUAACUUUAAAAAUUGCCUUCAGUACCGCUUCGUUGGAUAUGGAGCAAAUAAACCUCGUUCGCAAUGCCUCGUCCAGCGGGUUUUGUAUCGAAGGAAAAUCACACGUGCCCGCGUCCUGGCGAAUGCGUGUAGCCAAUUCUUGCACCGUUUCCCCAGGUUUUCAUUGCAUGUUGCUCCAAAACUUGAAACGUUCCCGAAUUACAAAUCGCUUCGGGUCGAACUGUUGCUUCAUAAAGGUUUCAAUAUCUUUAAUUAAAAGGUCGUUGACGGUUUUUACUGGAGCGCUUUGUCCCGCCACAAAAAGCUUGUAGGUAGUGGUCGUUUGGUUGGUAAAAAAAACUUGAGCCACCCUCGUUUCUGGUACAGCAUGUGCCCGUGUGAACGUAGUAAACCUCGACCAGUAGUCGUGGGCUCCGAUGUAGAGUCAAACGAUGUAAAACUUGGUAUGACAAUGGAAGACGUUGCCGUUUCACCAGAACAAGCGUUCUCAACCAAGGUAAGAAUCAUCUUCAUUUGUUGUUCAUGCCGCCUUUGCUGUUCUUUUUGCUGUUCAUCGUGACGCUCCUGCUGCUGUUUCAACUGUUCUUGAAUCAGUUUCGCAACUUUUUCCAUCUUAUGUUAAUUUGGAAUCUUCAAGACCGAACUGCGUUUUCCUCGUUCAGUUGGUUGAGAUUCCGUCCUCGUCGCCAAUAACUCUGUUGUGUUCUUGGGUUUGUAUUAAGACGCCAAAUUGUAGAAUGAAAACUAAGGCGAGCACACACGUAUAUAAAGGGCACUAAAUUGCGACAUAGCGACACUGAUUACAUAACUACACAAUUAAUAAUGAAACACGACACAAUUAAUAAUGAAGCACGCUGACUGCGGCACAUUGCGCAAGUCACGUGGCUAAGGCAUGCCAGUGCCUCUCUGUCGCGGGUGUGCUCGGAGGCGUGUCCAUAAAGCCCAAUGCACACUGCCGUCGUUAUCGCGUCGUUAAUGCCUUCCGAUCCGACGCCGACACGCCCUUACGUAUGCUAAUGCACACCGCGUCAGAGCAUACGUGGAGAAGUGAAAUUUCGAGACUUGGCACGACGGGCCGAUCGAGUAGAAUUCAAUCCUACUCGAUCGGUGUCGUAUCGCACGUCGUAAUAAAAUAAAUUUAGCUAAAUGCCACACGUGUUUAUCAGAAGUGCAUCAGAGGUAGUAUUUUAUUCUAGAUUUAUUUAUUUUAUACUGCGAGGCAAAAAUGACAUUAUAUAAUUCGUGGAAGUGUAAAAUUGAGCGUGAGCAGCUGUUCUUAGUACAACAAGAAAUGACAGUGAUAUCACUCAUGCUGCAACAAACAAACAAAAGAAGUGUUUGGGUUGAUGAGAUGUUUAAAGAAAGAGACACUAAAUCGGAAUUCAUACUUGUUGAUGAAUUGCUGAGCAGAAGUGAUGAGGAAAAAUUCCGGCAGUAUGCCAGAAUGACUCCAGACCAGUUCUUUUAUUUAUUGCAACAAUUAACUCCAGUGAUCCAAAAACAACACACAAAUUUCCGAAAGCCCAUUAGUCCAAAGCAGAGAUUAAUCUUAACCCUGAGAUUUUUGGCAACUGGAUCUUCACAAAAACAACUUUCUUAAUCAUUUCGAGUGGGACAUACAACUGUUGGAUUGAUUUUAAAGGAAACAUGUUCUGCUAUUUGGAAUGUGCUUGGACCAAAGUAUGUUAAACCACCAACUUCAGAAGAUUGGAUAAAGAUUGCUGAGGACUUUGAACAAAUAUGGAACUUUCCCAACUGUCUCGGUGCUUUGGAUGG